CUCAGUGGACGCCGAAGGGCCAGCUGCAGUUCCAGAGCUGUCAUGGCUGCCGAUCCGAAAGAUGCUGCCAUCGGGAUCGACCUGGGCACCACCUACUCGUGCGUGGGCAUCUUCCACUGCGGCAAAGUUGAGAUCAUCGCAAACGACCAAGGCAACCGAACGACUCCCAGCUACGUCGCUUUCACUGAGACCGAGCGACUCAUCGGUGACCCGGCCAAGGCACAGGUGGCUUUAAACCCGGAGAACACCGUGUUCGGCUCUAAGCGACUCAUCGGGCGCACCUUCGACGACCCCAAGCUUCAGGACGACCUCAAGCACUUGCCCUUCCGCGUCGUUAACGACAAGAAUGCGCCCAAGAUUAAGGUAACUUACAAGGGCGAGGAGAGGGUGUUCAACCCGGAGGAGAUAUCGGCCAUGAUACUGACCAAGAUGCGGGAGACUGCCGAGGCCUACAUCGGUAAGAAGGUCACGCUCGCCUGCGUCACUGUGCCGGCCUACUUCAACGAUUCGCAGAGACAGGCGACCAAGGACGCCAGCGCUAUCGCUGGUCUACAGGUGCCCAAGCUGCUGAAUGAACCAACGGCCGCUGCCCUGGCCUACGGCCUGGACAAGGUAACCAGAGGCGAGAAGCUUGUUCUCAUUGUCGACCUUGGUGGUGGCACGUUCGACGUUUCCCUUUUGUCCAUCAAGAACUCGCAGACGUUUAACGUGCUCGCGACGGCGGGAGACACACACCUCGGGGGAGAGGACUUUGACAGCCGCCUUGUCGACUACUUAAUUGGCGAGAUCAAACGCAAGUUCGGCAAGGACAUAUCCAACAAGGCGCGCGCCGUGCGUCGACUGCGAACCGCGGCCGAACGGGCCAAACGCAUCCUCUCCUCGACCACAGAGACAAGCAUCGAGAUUGACGCGCUUUACGAAGGUACCGACUUUUACACCAAAAUAACGCGCGCCCGGUUCGAGCAGCUGUGCCUGGACCUCUUCAAGAGCAUACUGGGACCAAUCCAGAGGGCGCUGGACGACUCCAAGACUGACAAGAUGAAGGUAAAUGACAUUGUUCUGGUGGGAGGAUCGACGCGCAUUCCCCGAGUCCAGAAGCUCGUCAAGGAGUUCUUUAAAGACAAGGAGCCUUGUUGCAACAUCAACCCGGACGAGGCGAUUGCCUAUGGGGCGGCAGUCAGCGCCGCCUUGUCGGCUGGCGCCAAGGACAAGACCAUCAAGGAUGUGAAGCUUCUGGACGUGGCACCGUUGUCUUUAGGCAUCGAAACGGCGGGUGGCGUCAUGACCAAGAUCAUCAGCCGAAACACCAAGGUGCCGUGCAAGACUUCCAAACCGUUUACAACGUAUGCGGACAACCAGACUGGAGUCACCAUCCAGGUCUACGAAGGCGAGCGUUCUAUGACCAAGGACAACCAUCAUCUAGGUCGCUUCGAGCUCACCGGCAUACCACCAGCUCCGCGGGGCGUGCCCAAGAUCGAAGUGGCCUUCGAUAUUGACCACAAUGGCAUCCUAAACGUGUCGGCCAGGGACGAGAGCACGGGGCAUGCAAAGUCCAUCCGCAUCACGAACGAGAAAGGUCGUCUUUCUGACGCUGACAUCGAGCGCCUGCUCAAGGAAGCAGAGUUGUACCGAUUGGAGGACAUUGAGCAAAGGGAGCAGGUCGCCUCGAAGAACUCGCUGCAGAGCUACAUUUUCAGCGUUCAGCAGACCAUCAAGGAAGUUGUUAGUGACAAGAUAUCGUCUGAGGAGAAGGAGAAAGCGCUGGCCAAGUGUAAAGAAGCCAACGAGUGGCUAGAAGGCAACCCGAACUCGGCGGCGGCGGACAUACAAGCGAAGCUAAAAGAGGUUCAGGAGGUCUGUUCACCGUUCAUGAUCAAGAUGCACAUUGGCUGA